AUGGCCAACAUCCCUGCAAUCCGUCUAUACCGUCGGUCGCUCAAGCUGGCCCUGGACUGGUCAGUCCACCGCUACCUCUGGCGCGGCCAGGCUCUCUACAUUCGCUCUCUUUUCGAGGCCAACGCCAACAUCCGCGAGCCUAGACAGCAGAGAAUCCUGUUCGACCAGACCGAGGAGCUCCUCAAGCAGUGGAAGCACCCCGACCCUUACCGCCCUCCCACCGCUCCCGGCGGCAGCAAGUACGAGCGUAACCUUCCCUGCCACAUCCUUGAGCCUCCCCCGCCAGGCUGCUAA